UUUAGCCAUUUUUUGGCUUAAGCCCAAUUAUCAAUCGAUAAUAAAGAGCUUCAUUACUUCCUCAUAUGAGUAGCAAAGUCAAAGUGUUAGCUUACAAUAUGUGAGGAAUAGUCAAGGAAUUAACGAGGUAUUGGCAAGAAUUAAACCUAUGUGACUACAGUAUGGGAAACACAGGGAGUAAGACUGAAGACCAAUGUGCAAUCCAAGAUCAUGAUUCUAUCAACCAGAACGACUUGGACGGGACGCCGGUGGAUGGCCGUGCUUUGGAAAUGGAGAGACAACAAACGUCUGUAUCUGCAGUGUCCAAGAUAUUAAGAAAUGUGCGAAUACUGCUAACAACCUGCUGUAUGGCAACGAACAUAUUUCACACUGGAGGUCGUAUGUCUGAGUCACCAGGCUUCAUUGAAGUAUUGUCAAGCAUAACUUCCCGAGAAAAUUUUGCGUCUUCGACCACAAGCAAGUCAACAGGAAGUUUCGUGUCUGUGGGAAUUGGACACGUAGACAAUGGAUUUAUCACACCUCUUGAUAUAAAAGAAGAGCAAAGUAACCAAGAGCAACAACCGCAAUUUUGCAAUCACGUAUCGUCAAUAAGGCAGAACUUUAUUUUUCUGUUGGAGGAAUUGUCAAAAGAAGACAUUCGAAACGUACUUGACAUUUUGUAUCAAGAGCAUGAGAUUACAGAAGACUUCAUGGAAAAGGUCAACAUAUUAAGCACGAGAAGAGAAAAGGCGAGAAUGCUUCUUCAAAAAUUGUUGCGUUUAAAAGCAACAGCGUAUGAAGCAUUUUUGGCGGGCUUAGUUAAUUCCGAUCAUUGCAAGGACUACGUCAUAAAUAAACUGCAUGAAUCCACGCUUUCUAUUGCUUUGUGUAACUGUGCGUUAUCAAAAGAGCAAAUGGUAGACCUGUUAUCAUAUAACAGAAAUGUCCUAAAGGGAGCAAUUGACGAACCAGAAAUGAUCGGUGAUUACUUCACUGUUUUUGAUGACAAAUUCGAAACUCUGCAGGAAAAUAUUGCUUCCGAGAAACGCCAAAGAGACAAGGUGAAAGAAAUCAUAAAAUUUGUAAAGAAAAGACUUCCAGAAAGAUUUUGUAUUUUUCAAACAGCUUUAAAGGAAAUGCAUUACGACGAGGUCUUUGAGAUAAUGAACAAGCCGUGCACAAACCGUCAACAAGGAAUAGAAUAUGCGGAUACAGUUGAACAACACAAUUGGCCAAGCGUUGUAUGCAGUUCGUGUGGGAUAGACCCGGGCCAGUUAACCAACGUACUUAAAGUUUCAGAAGCAACGGACGUACAAAUCACGUUUGAGAAUCAAAGACUACACAAAAUUAUCCUGCAAAACUAUCGCAAAAACAGAUGUGCUAUUAACGUAAAGCUAAUGGAGAAAGGUGUUUUACUGUUGGACAUGAAAGAAGGAUCAAUAAUUUUACGCUUAAAGCGGACCGGUCGAUUACCUCUCGACAUAUAUCAGCAUGUUAUAGGCUGGUUACAAACUGUUCUUUGCAACGAAGCACUGCUCCCAGAAUAUCGUACUUCAUGCGAGAGAUUUGAUGCAAAAAUUACUCCGGUUGAAAUUAGAGAUUCAUUAUCGGAUGCGCAUGAUGCUUAUGAUAUUAUUCGCUACAACAAGAGUUUCCUGGCGGAAGAACUAGACGCGAAUGUGUAUAUCGAAUAUCUCUACAGGAAAGGACAUAUCUCAGAUAAAGAUAAGAAAUGCAUUGUGCGUGUCGAAAACAGGAGAGGAAAAAUGAUGACGUUGCUGACUGUCAUACUAAACAAUCCUCCAAUUGUAGCAGAGGAUUUUCUAAACGAAGUUGAAAAUAGCUCAGACAACUGUCUUAGACGUCGUCUAAGGCCAGAUAAAAUAGCAAGCACAUUAUAUAUUGCGAAUAACCUGAUGGAUGUUUUUCCUGGGGUUAUUGAAAUUCUUCCCCUUCGUAUUAUGACUCAUGAGUUGCAAGACUGGCCAAUGCCAGAUGAUGUUCAACAGUUUUUGCAAAUGGAUGUACCAAGAAAAACAAAGGCUACGGUCAUUGUUCAGUAUGUUCUGGCAUCGGAUGAGACCAUUCGAUGCAGAUUUGUCCAGAUAUUGCGCGAUAAAGAUCUUAUUCCAAACGAAGUACUUCACCAUGAAGAAAAACAUGCAUUGACAGAUAAUACUUUAUCACGAAAAUCUGGAGAAAUCGAACGAAACUGCUUUUCAAUUGGUGAAUUUCACGUACUCCGCUUCUCAAGCCAUUCAAGAACACGACUGACACUACAAAAACACCUUGAAAAAGACUCUGACACCGUACACUGUCGAUGGUUUAACUGUUUGGCAUUUUUCAUUCGAUUGUUUUCGACGAGCCAAUAUGAAAUGCAUCAAAUGGAGAAAACGUUGACGACCCGAAAAAGAUCAUUCAGUGCUGAUUCCGGAUACACUGGAUCCUAUCACGCUAGUUCUAUGAAAUCACUGGAUAGAGAUAGAUUCGCUUCUGGUAUGUCAUCCACAUUUUCAGAGAGACGCAUAGACUCCUCUACGAUGCCAAGAAUAAGAGAGUUUAAUUGGGAUUCAGAGGUUUGAUUAUUUUUACUACCAGGGUCUUCUGUGAUGUAAAGGGUCUGCCUAUGAACCGGAUGUAUACAUAAUUGUACCUAUACUGUUGAGUGUGUCCCUGUUUUUAUUAUUGUUAAAAACGAGUUUUCUUGGGUCCGAUACCUAAAACAAGUAAAUGUAUUAAACUUAAUUGAAUAGAACAAUGACCGGUGUAAUUUUAAAUAAAACAUAAUUUAUCACAUCAAUAUAUACACAAUUUUAACAUGGGUUACACAUUAACAAAAUCCAAUUCCCGAAAGAUGGUUUGUAUUUUUUUUUAUAAAUUAAGAAUAUGACAUUUAAAACAAGUUUUGCUGUCAAAUAGAUCAAUAUCACUCACAAAGAUACUCACUUUUAUUGGUUUAUAACCUAACAAAGAAAAAAUUAACCCAACCUAUAAGUCCAAAGGAACACGAAGUCAACUGUAUGCUACCGUUUACAUGCAUAUAUGUAUUUUCUGUUGUGCAUAAUUGGGUAUCUAUAAAUUGGAUGAACAAGAUUUUCUAUUAUUUUUUUUCAAAAGUCCAGAUACCAAAGUCAAUUUUAUUUGAGAAUCAUGUUCGUCUAGUGUCCAGAUGACAUAGUCAAAUUUAUUUAUAAUAAUGUUCGUCCAAUGUCCAGAUACCCAAGUCAAUUUUAUUUUGAGAAUCAUGUUCGUCAAAUGUCUAGAUAUUCAUGUCAAAUAUUUUUGAGAAUCAUGUUUGUCCAGUGUUAAGAUACCUAAAUCGUUAUUUUUACUAAACAUCUAUUUCACAUAAAGUUGUGUAAAUGUAUAUAACUUAUUGUUCUUACUGUUUAGUACCUAGAUAAAGCAUUGUAAUUAGAAUCAGAAAAAGGUAUUGUAUUUAAAUUAAAGAGGCUUUUAUGAUUUAUUAUCUAAAGGGUAUGUUUACAUACAAUCGAUCUAUUAGUGUUGAUUUUUGUCUCUCAUGAAUACAGUUAGAUGAAAGUUUCAUCCAAAUUAUUUUUUUCUUUGGAAUUGGCAAGCAUGACAAUCCGUUUAUUCAUUCCAAAUAAUCACAUAGACAAAAUAUUAUGAAUAUACAUAGUUUUCAUGUCGUAUCAAGAAAUUACAUAAUAAUGAAAAGUAUCUUUUGUAUAUUUCACAAAAUCAUUCAAAAAACGAGAUGACACAUUUUGUUUGAAUAAUGACUUUGAAGACUAUUAGAUCGUAGUACAAAUAAUUAAAGACAUUAACAUAGAAUAAUAUUCGUUCGCUUACAAAAUAUGUCUUAUAAAUACAGUACGUAUUUGGCUAAGCCGAAGGACAACAUUUACAGCAUUAUACUCUUUUUGGUCUUUUUCAUAUUUAUUGAAAAUAUAAUGUGUAUUAAAGUUCUGUUAAAACCACCUUUUUUGAACACGUCAGUUCCAAAAAACAGAAAAGUAGGGCGAAUGUAUGAAACAAAUGUUCGUAAUCUUCUAAUCCAUUACAACUGAUACACAGAGAGGAAUCUUUUAUCUUAACAAAAUUAACAAGUAAACAAAUUAAAGUUGAUCGGAACGAGAUUAUGAAGUAAUUCUAUAUUAAAUUAUUGUUCUCUGUCAACGACUGAUUUCGUGUUAUAUGAUACCAAUUUUUGCAAUUAAUAUUCUCAUGUAUGCGCUGAUUCUAAGUGUGCAUAAAGGGCUUUUCAAAAUUGUGUUUUAUGUAGAUCUGGUAGGUGUCUAUUCGUCAUGUCAUUAAGAGGUAUGAUUUUGCAUGUUAGUAAUAUUUUUAUGUUUACUUUUGUAUUCAUUGAUGUGUCAGUUGUUGGCGUGUUUGUCAAGCGAUUUGGAACGGCUUUUCUUAGAAUAUUUAUUUCUGCAAUCCAGUUAUGUUUAUUACUUAAUAUGAUAUUUGUGUCUAUUUUGCCUGAGUUAGAAAGAAUGUCGUUAACGAAAACUAUAUAAGAAUCGAUCCAGUUUUUGAAGAUAAGAAUGUUUUUGUUGCAUUUGAUAAAUUUAUUACCCCGUAUUAUUCUCUCUCUUUUACCAUAGUGUCUAAUAACGUCAGUCUGGUUAACAGGAAGCGCUGUUUUAAUUGAAUCCAAAUAGGGAACACGCGUUUAUAAAAUUUUGAAAAUUUAUGUGUGUAUUUCAUCAGUGAUUUCAUCGAGUCGACGUUCAUAUGAAAAAAUAUGCAAUUAUCUCCAAAUUGAUUGAAAGGUUAAUCCACUAUGCUAAUUUAUUUUUAAUGAAACGAUGAAUGAAGUCUGUUGUUUUUUGUUUUUGUUUUUUUUCAUGUUAUUUUUACCGCUGUUAUUUUCACUGAAGUGAAAUUCUGAUAUGUUCACUACACUUCACCGCUCUUUUAUAUUUUGGUUUUCAUGUUGCUUAAUAAAAGAAACGUACAGUUUACCUUGACGAGUGAACAUGUUUGAAAUUAACUUUACAAAAUGACGUCACGAAAAUAGUGUUUUAUAGCAAUUUUUCAACACCAAUUCAAUAUAUAUUGUGCUAUUUCGCGUAAUGUAAACAGAAAAUGUGUUUUAUUUAUGUGAAAGAUCGAAAUUUAUUUCAUUGAGUCAUCACAAUUAGCAAUUGAUUUUUUUAACGAGUGGCUGAACCACAAGUGAUAAUAGAGUUUAUUGUUAAUACUCGGUGAAAUAUAUUCCGAUCUUACACGGAAAUAAAGUAUUUACUCUAUUUCUAACAUUUAUUCAUUUUUGAUCUUGGUAUGUUUUCCAAACUUGUGAUAAACUUGUUUUUGUUGUUGCUUUUCUGUGAUGUUUUGCAAGGUCAUUUUAAAUAUUUAAUUUGGAUAAACAUACAAUUUUUUUUUAGUUUACAUCACUUAAUCAUAAUGGGACUUAAAAGUCCAUAAUAAACACAACUUUACUGUUAUACACGUAGAAAAUCUAGUUAUUUCGUUGGAUUUUGUGCCAUUUAAAGGAGUCUAUUUUAAUGGUGCUGAUUUAUUUUAUUUCAUGAAUUUUUAAAUGGACUAGAAAGCUUUAUUAAAUUUAAUGGCUAUUACAGUUUAAACCGGUCCUUUCAAAAUACUAGUAUGAAACAAUGAGAUGAUAUGAAACAUAAACAUUUAAAAUUUAAUAUGGUUUCUAAAAACGUGUAUGUAAACAGAACAUGCAUACAAGUAAAUUUAACUAAAAUUUGAUGUAUCUGAUGCUUGCCUAUUUGAAAGGUGUACACAGAUAAAAAAUCAGAUUCUUACAGCUAGUGAUCGAGGCAUUUUAUUUUGUUUUUUUGGCAUUUUUUAAGAUAGUGUCAUUCGUUAUUUAAUACUUAAGUAUUGAAGCAAAGAAAGUGUUUUUUGCCCGGCCUUAAUAUCACAAAUCUCUGCCGACUGUUUUGAAAUGUAUUCAUUUUUUCAAAUGGUUUCUAAAUGGGAUAUUCUGUGCUUAAAUGGGGUAUUCUGUGCUUGUAUCGCAAACCGUCGAUGUCAGAUAAAGACUUUAAAAAGUAUUCCUCUAAUUGUUUGGAAAAAUGUUGAUAACUUUUGAACAUUUCAUCUGCAUAAGAGAUUUUAAUUAUGACUUACUGAAAAGACAUAAAUGUAAACAUCUCCCUUACAUUUGUGAUAACUUUCGGUUGGGGGAUGUUAUCUCUGAACCUACAUGUUUUAUGAAAAACUGCAGACCUACAUUUAUUUAUGUCAUCCUCACUAAUGCAACGUAUUUAUGUGUAACACUGUCAACUUUAAUUUCGGCCAUAGCGACUGUCACAACCCCAUAGCAACUAGUUUAAGAGUACAAUGUAAGCCAAUAAUGAAUAGAAGGUCAUACAUCAACUUUGACAACGACCCUUUAAAUUAAUUAUGGAUUAUAUAAAUUGGGCUCACGAAAACCUACUAAAACAAAUCAUUGACGAGCAUGCCCCAGUUAAAAACAAAACAACCCCCCCCCCGAAAAAAAGCACCAACUUUCAUAAAAUCUAGGUACCGUGAACUUAUUUACAAGGCUCGUCAAGCAAGUAACACCUAUAACAAAAAUCAGAGCAUGUCAAACUGGUUAAGCUGCACGAAGAACAGAAAUAUUAAAACCAAGGUCAAAAGGGAGUCCUUAGCUGUUUAUUUCCAAGAACGGUGAAGUUGAGGACCCAAAUGUAAAGUCUUUUGGCCGACAAUUUAACAUUUAUCUCACAAAAAACUACAAAUAAAUCUGAUAACCCAAUAAUACUCAAAGACAACAUGGGAAAUCCGUAUCUGACCAAAAGCUUGUGGCGAAAAAAUGAACUCAUUUUACAUGAAAUGAAUAAAGUCAAACAUAUUGGAAUAUCUGGAACUCAGCUUAGAGAUAAAGACAAAAAACAGGAAAAUUGCCAUGUCACCUAUUUUUCAUUACAACACGGUCACCGAUUAAGUAACGGAAAAUAAAUUGAUAUGUUAAAUCCAAAAAACAUUUGAAAAUGAAUAAAAACUAUGAAAUAAAACAAUAAGGGGCAACUAAUAUAUUUUUAUGAUUGUUUCAAAUUUAUAUAUCAAUAACAUCUGUCGAACACACAACUACUUGUGCCGUUUUUCUUCGGCUAGUAUUUGUUUGGUCGUUACACGUUGACACUUUCAAUAAACAUUCUUACACAGAAGUAGGUUCAGAUAGUGUCAGGACAGUGACCUGGCGGAGAUUAGGAUGAUUAACAGUAGGUAAAGAUUCACCCAAUCUAAGGAACAACUAUGCGUUUGUACGCUACUGUUUCUGAUAUUAUCAGCAAAAUGUAGUAGUAUUUAAAUUACAUGAUAAAUUAAAUACCUCCUCUUAGCAAAACUUUACCAUGUUCUUUUUUCUAACAAAAUGAAUUAAUAAUAACAUUUUUACUAACUACACAUUAUUGUAUCAUGCUGUAAUUCUCAUGUACAUAAUGCUACUUAAAAUUUUGCUGUUUAAAGUGCAAACGAUUAUUCUUAAGCUGUACUCUUGUAAAAGCUUAUCAAUCUACAGCGGUGUAUAUCAACUAGAGGAACAGUGCGCGUGUGGACUGGCCGUACAGUUGUGACACUAGUUGAUGUUAUCAUUGUAUUCAGUGCUCUAAUCUAUCUUAAUUUUUGUAAUUGUAUGCAUGAAUAUAAUAAGAAACGGCUUUUAAAAAUCUUGUUCCAAUAUUGUACCCAUUUAAAACUAUGUACUUUUAUUUACAGGUCACCAGCUCAUUGUCAUGUUUUGAUAUAUUACGUAUGUUUGUUAUUCAUGUAUGAAAAAAAGCUCUUUG